CCAAAUUGAACUCACAUUGAUUCCUGGAAUCACAUCUCACAGCAUAUAUAAUAUGCAUCUCAAGUUUCCCAAGAAGCAAUCUAUUUCCAAUGUCAUGGUUGCUUGAGCCAGCCUUGCAUUUGCAUGUUCAGUCAGUUGCACUUGCAAAACUUGUACAUAUAUAGGGAUUGCAUGCUAGGUAGUUUAAGAAGCAUCAGACUGUGAGAGUCACACGCUCACAUACAGCUACCUGCCACUGCUUCAUUCAAGAUGAGGUUCAGACAUUUGUGUCUCACAGUUGUGCUUUCAUCCAUUGCCAUCUCUUGUUGCAGAGGACAAGGAGGAGGAGGAGCUGGUGGUGCUGGUGAAGGGGGAGCAGCAGGUGGUGCUUUAGUGCCAGGAACACAAGAUGCCAUCCAGAUUGUGGCACAGGCUGCUCUCUGCUUUGACAAUAGACAGGUGAUAAACGGGUGCCUCCAAGCAAUGGGCAUCAACAUCAACGGUAAUGGCAACAGCAACGGCAAUGGUAACAGCAAUAGCAACAGCAACGGCAACGGUAAUGGCAACGGGUCGACCAGCACGGCGGCGCCGCCAGAGCUGGCGCCGGCCCCGGGGACAUCAGCAGCGACGGCGGCAAGCGCAAACAACGGGUCGAUGGCGAGCAUGUGCCAGGGGCCGUGCUUCGGGCAGAUGAUGCUGAUUAUGAACUGCGUGAAUGGCAUCCUGGGCAACAUCCAGGGCUACAGCCCCGGCCUCAUGCAGGGCGUCCAAGCCAUCUUCCAGAUGUCCUGCGGCAACGUUGGCAACGGCCAGGGCGGCGGCGGUGCUGGUGGUGGGGGUGCAGGCGGUGCAGGCAGUGGUGGAGCCACCGGCGGCGGUACAGGCAGUGGUGGAGGUAACGGCGGCGGUGGAAGUACGGCCAGUGCUGCAGGCGGUGCUGCUACUGGCGGAAAUGGAGCUACGACAGUUUCUCCUAUUGGGGGCUCACACGUGGCGGUAAGCAAUCCAGGUGAGCCAACCAGCAGCGCGGAUGGGCCCACGGCCAGCCUCAAGAGCGGCUUUCCCACAGUGCUAGUAACAUGGACUUGUUUUUGGCUACUGCUGUUCUAGCUUUGGCAAAUCUAGUGAUGCGAGAGCCAUGCAAACGUUGCAAGAAGCUCUGUUUUUUUUUUCUUUUUCUAGAUAACAUAGUCAUUUCUGUAAAGAUUCUAUGUAAAGGCAAUAUGUGAUUCUGUUUGAAUAAUAUGAUACUGUGUCCAUGUAAAAAAUAAGAGAUCCCCUGUUUAUAAGCUCAUAUCAGCAACAGCUCAUUGGCAGUAGAUAUUAUCAAAAGUUGAC